AUGUUCUGUCUACCUAUCUAUCUAUCUAUAUAUCUAUCUAUCUAUCUCAGUAUAUUCAUAUCUAUCUAUCUAUCUAUCUAUCUAUCUAUCUAUCUAUCUAUCUAUCUAUCUAUCUCAGUCUGUUCAUAUCUAUCUAUCUAUCUAUCUAUCUAUCUAUCUAUCUAUCUCAGUCUAUUCAUUAUCUAUCUAUCUAUCUAUCUAUCUAUCUAUCUAUCUAUCUAUCUAUCAAGUCCUGAUAUGUAUCUAGUCCUGACAUCUAUCUAUCUAUCUAUCUAUCUAUCUAUCUAUCUAUCUAUCUAUCUCAGUAUAUUCAUAUCUAUCUAUCUAUCUAUCUAUCUAUCUAUCUAUCUAUCUAUCUAUCUAUCUCAUCCUGACAUCUAUCUAUCUAUCUAUCUAUCUAUCUAUCUAUCUAUCUAUCUAUCUAUUCACGGACAUUUGGUUAUUCCCUUCUCGCUGAGUUUGUCUGUUGGAAACGCUUUUUUUUGUUUUGUUUUGUCUAUCUAUCUAUCUAUCUAUCUAUCUAUCUAUCUAUCUAUCUAUCUAUCAAGUCCUGAUAUCUAUCUAGUCCUGACAUCUCUCUCUCUCUUUCUUUAUCUAUCUAUCUAUCUAUCUAUCUAUCUAUCUAUCUAUCUAUCUAUCUAUCUAAGUAGGAGGACAUCCAACAAACUGGAAAGUAAAAUAACACUAUCUCACUCUCUCUCUCGCUCUCCCUCUCUCUCUCUCUCUCUCUAUCUAUCUAUCUAUUGCCAGUCGUUAUCUAUCCGCCGUAUCCUCAUCUACACAUUAUCUAUCUAUCGAUGUCUACUCACUAUCUGUCAAUCUUUCUGUGGCUACUCACUAUAUGUCUGUCUGUCUAUCUAUCUAUCUAUCUAUCUAGCUAUGUCUAAUCAUUAUUUAUGUAUCUAUCUAUGUAUCUAUAUAUCUGUCUAUAUCUACUCAUUACCUAAAUCUACUCAUUAUCUAUCUAUCUAUCUAUAUUUGCUCAUAUCGAUCUAUCUAUCUAUCUAUCUAUGUCUACUCACUAUCUGUCAAUCUUUCUGUGGCUACUCACUAUCUAUCUAUCUCUCUAUCUCUCUCUCUCUAUCUAUUUAUCUAUCUAUGUCUAAUCAUUAUCUAUGUAUCUAUACAUUUCUAUAUAUCUAUAUCUACUCAUUAUCUAAGUCUACUCAUUAUCUAUCUAUCUAUAUUUGCUCAUAUCUAUCUAUCUAUCUAUCUAUCUAUCUAUCUAUCUAUGUCUACUCACUAUCUGUCAAUCUUUCUGUGGCUACUCACUAUCUAUCUAUCUAUCUAUCUAUCUAUCUAUUUAUCUAUCUAUCUGUAUCUAUCUAUUUAUCUAUCUAUUCUACUCAUUAUCUAUCUAUCUAUCUAUCUAUCUAUCUAUCUAUCUAUUAUGUCUGCUUAUAUCUAUCUAUCUAUCUAUCUAUCUAUCUAUCUAUCUAUCUAUCUAUCUAUCUAUCUAUUGCCAGUUGUUAUCUAUCCGCCGUAUCCUCGUAA